AUGAGCAGACAAAUUGAGCAGGCAUUGCUGUCUUUGAUGCCAACAUAUGGCUCAGAUCUACCUCCGUCGCUGGUAGAAUUAGCAGGAUCAUUGCUUGCACAAUCUCGGCAUCGAGCAAGCACGUUGAAGGCCGAGGAGGAGAUAGCCAGACAAUAUGCCUGUGCUAAUAUUGCCUGUGACCGCCUCAAAAUUACUCUCGACCUGCCUCCCAUCGAACCUCGUCCCCCAAUCCCCCCUCGCAUUUACAAGAGACUAUAUACGCACUUAGACAAUAUCCUUCCAAAUCCCACAUCAACGCCCAAGUCAACACGGACUCGAACUCCGAGCUCAAGGCAGCGCGAUAAUGGCACUCCGUCAAAGUCGGAAACGCGUAAGCUACCAUCAAGACAAACUCCAACAAAGGAGGCAGCCUUGGCUCAAUUUCGCACACCUUCAAAGAAUGGCAACGCUUCAACAGUAAAGGCAAAUGCUCACGACUCACAAAACUCCAAGGGCCAUGUGCAUUCUUGGAUACAACCGGUUAUUAGAUUUAUGUGUGCUGAGUCGGAUCACAAACGACUGGCACCUACAGUGUUCGCUGGCAUGGAGCAUAUUCUCAAACCCGACGGCCGACCAACUGAGGAUAAAUGGGUGAUCCAACACGUUACUGACCUGGUUGCUGCCGUGUACUUUUUCGUCAUUAUGCGUGUCAGAUCAAUUACAUCCGGCGCCAGUAUCGACCGCGAAGGCUAUGUGCCUCUGCGAAAGGAAAUUCUUGCUCUUCUCACAAAGGCCAGUCAGGAAGCCGCAGUUCCCGAAAUGGAGGGCCUUGAUGCAUGGAAGGGCUGGCAUGACAUAAAAUCGAGAGAUUUUGACGCAGCCGUGGCUAAAAUAAACGAAAACGACUGGCUCUCUGGAGACUGGUAUGAUGGGAUUGUCGAUGUACUCAACUCUACCACAAAGGCGGACCUUGACGUGUCGGACGACGGGCUCGAGAGCUCAGAGGCUCCGUUGCCGACGCGACGUGCAGACACUAUGCUGCAAGAACGCUAUGACUUGCUGAGUGAAGCCAGAAAGUCUGACUACAUUGCAUGGCGUGAUACCAUGCUCACCAAAAUCGGACAAGCAACACCUGUGGAAAGUGUAAUGGAGAUUGAUACCUGA